AGCUCUGGUCGAGAUCCGCGGGCUGCGCUGAGCUCGCUCCGAUAUUCCGGCUCGCUGUGGAUUCUGGGAGACGUUAGGGGGGACACUGCCCAGGCUUGUUACAGGGAGAACCGGGAGAACCGGGAGAGGAUUUAUUUUUCCCCCGCUACCUUGUUUUAGCCAGACACUGGUAGCACGUAGAGCACCAUGUCCAGCCGAGGAGGAAAGAAGAAGACGACCAAGACGUCCCGGUCCACCAAGGCUGGCGUCAUCUUCCCUGUGGGGCGCAUGCUGCGCUACAUCAAGAGGGGACUGCCUAAAUAUCGCAUUGGAGUGGGAGCGCCUGUAUACCUGGCUGCUGUCCUUGAGUACCUAACUGCUGAGAUCUUGGAGUUGGCUGGCAAUGCAGCAAGAGACAACAAAAAAGGCCGUGUAACACCGCGGCACAUCCUGCUGGCCAUCGCCAAUGAUGAGGAGCUGAACCAGCUGCUCAAAGGUGUGACCAUUGCCGCCGGUGGAGUCUUGCCCAACAUCCACCCGGAGUUGCUGGCCAAGAAGAGAGGCACCAAGGGAAAACUGGAGACGCCUGUGUCGCCAGCCCCCGAGAAGAAACCCAAGACAGUGAAGAAAACCGCAGCUAAGAAACUUGGUGGGAAAAAGGCUGGAAGGAAGACUAAGAGAGGUGAGGUGAGCAAGUCGGCGUCAGCAGACAGCACUACAGAGGGAUCUCUGGCAGACAGCUUCACCGUGCUCUCCACAAAGAGUCUCUUCCUGGGUCAGAAGCUCAACCUUAUCCACAGUGAGGUCAGUAACUUGGCUGGCUUCGACGUGGACGGGGUCAUCAACCCCACCAAUGCUGAACUUGAACUUAAAGAUGAUCUAGGCUCUGCUCUGGAGAAGAAAGGAGGGAAGGAGUUCACGGAGGCACUGCAAGAGCUGAAGAAGAAAAAUGGCCCUCUGGAGGUGGCUGGUGCCCUGUUGACCGGCGGUUUCGGGCUGCCCGCCAAGUACGUCAUUCACUGUAACAGUCCAGGCUGGGGUUCAGAUAAGUGUGAGGAGAUGCUGGAGAAGACGGUGAAGAACUGCCUGGCUCUGGCAGAUGAGAAGAAACUCAAGUCUGUGGCCUUCCCCUCCAUUGGCAGUGGAAAGAACGGUUUCCCGAAGCAGACCGCAGCCCAGCUGAUCCUCAAGGCCAUUUCCAGUUACUUUGUCGCCACCAUGUCUUCCACCAUCAAGACCGUGUACUUCGUGCUCUUCGACAGCGAGAGCAUCGGCAUCUACGUGCAGGAAAUGGCCAAGCUGGAGACCAGUUAAAGGACAGGGUUUCGUCUUGUCGUCCCUCUCCCACUGCUUUCUGUUUUCUUUCGGAGAGAGGAAGGUGUUUACUGGUGAUCUGUUGGAAAUGAAGAAAAGAAGAAGUGUAAAGGCCGGAAAAAUGGUUUUUGCAUUAUGUUUGUAUGUUUAAUCUAUAGUUUUUAAUUCCUUAUUUACUCGUCACCUCUGGUGUUUAGACGUGUGCUUUUCUUUUUCUAAGAUCUUUUUACUCAAACAGUGCAGCACAAUACAAAACCAACAUUUACCAUUUAGUUUUCAGAAUAUAUAUAUAAAUACAAUAAAAAUACGAGAUCUAGCUGCACAAGGCUUCUCGAGAGGUUUCAACGAUACGGGUUAAUGCAUGUAAAGGCAGUAAGGAUAUUAAGAAAACAGCUAUUCUCUUUCUAUUGAUCUCAGUAUCACUCUACAUUUAACUGUGUUGUAGUUUUUGGUAUCGGUUUGGAACGUCUGUUGUACUGUAUAAAGAAAAAGGUAAAGAUUUGUUCACGUUGGUCCGCUUUGGUCUUUAGGAGACUCCAGUAUCAGUGUACUAGAAUGAGUUCUUGUGUUGUGUGUUGCAAAUUUCACUUUUUUGCCUUUUGUUCAGACAGGCAAAGUAUUUUCUCUGUGUGCUGCAAAAACAUUGAAAAAGGUGUUCCAAGCAGCAUCGAUGCAUCGGUUUAUGGCUGAUUACUGGAGACUUCAGGUUUUUGCAGAACACCUUUUGUUUCUAUUUGUGUGUUCCUAUAAGUGUUCAUAUAGGUAGGAGUGUUUGUGAAACAUUAUGGACAAAUGUUAAACUGUAACACAAGAGUUUUAUUUGUUUUAAUUUCCCCCUGAUUAUAAAAUGGCACAAGAUUUGGAAGAAAAAAAGUCGUGUAAGAUUGUUUUGUGUGUGUGUUCUUCUUUUUUGUCUUUGUUAAGCCAUAAAAGAGAAUAUUGCUGGAAACGGAGGCCGGUGCUGCUUCUAUCGGUUCGCUCUAACAUUCAGCCGCCACCAGAUGGCGCUCUGUCACCACACGUCAGAGUUGGUCCUCAGCCAUUUUUCUUUCAUUCAGCAGCACACCUCUGAGCGCACACAGAUGGAGCAGAUUUGAACUGGAUUUGGGAAUGAAGGACAUCAAAUGCAAGUCUGCAUUUGGACUUUUCAACAGCUUGACUUUCUUAUGUGAAAAGAAAAUUGUUAAACGCUUUCUAAAGAAUUGCUACAAUUGAUGAUUCUACAAAAGACAAAGAAAAAAAAAGUCUGUAUACACUCCGGUAAUAAAAAAAAAAACCUUUAAAA